UGCUCUUGUGUUGACUAUCCUCUACCUCUCCCUCUUAAGACUCUUCAUUGCUGUUACGAUCUUCAGAGAAGUGAGAAGUUCUUAACAAAAAUAAAAUGUAUCUCAACUUACAAAUUAUUUUAGUAUCACUUUUUGUGGUCAACUCUGUUGUGACCAUCAAUUUAAGACCUGAUAAAUCACUUAAGUCAAUAUAUUUAAUAAAGAGAGCCAUCGAUGAGGACAGUAAUAGCCGAACAUUUGAUGACUGGGGAGACAGUAUUAGUAACACUGAAGCACCACAAGAUACCGGUGCUAAUACAAUCACCGUAAUCACUACAACUCCUGUUCCCGUUACUAAUAGUGAUGCUGUUAGCAAUGAAGUUCCCGAAAGCAAAGAGGAACAGCCGAUUAAUGAGGAGCCUGUAGUUAAAAAUGAGGACAAACCUGUAAAUGAAGACCAACCAAUAAAAGAUGACACUAUAGUCGAACCGUUUAAAGAGGACUUAGAGAUCAAUAGAGAAACAGAAAAGAUUGAACGCGAGGGCGACUCGGAUGACGACAAACCUCUUGUGCCACCAAAGAGUACUCCGCGAGAGAUCGAGAGUACAACACCUCACAGCCAUACACCACCACCACUGCCACCCGUCACACGACCAACACCGCCAUCGCUUCCACCGGUGACAGUGCCGACAGUUACCACUUCUCGACCGACAAUAUUCACAUUUACGUCAACCUAUCCGACCAGCUCUUUCCCGAACUACUGGGAGAAUCCCAAUUGGGGUAAUUGGGGCCGUUUCCUACCGACCAACACUGCCAAUUGGCCAUCAUUCAGCUGGCCGUCUGUUCCGUCCGUCCCUCAACAACCCAGUACUCUAUUCCCGGCCCGCUAUAGCCCGGGUUCGGGUUCUUUUGCAAUGUUCCCGAGUUCAAGUAUUCCCACUUUCUCAUUCUUAGUUCCACAAAACCCGUAUCCCGCGGGACGUGGUUUCCAUUAUCCGGGCAGUCGACCGGCCAAUCCAUCGUAUCCUGGCUAUCAACCUCGAUUUGUACCCAGCUAUGGUGGUCAUCAACCCGGUGGUCACCAUCCGAGUGUUGGUGGAGGAAAUCCAAUGGGCUUUUAUCCAACUUUCGGUGGACAUCCAGGAUAUCAGCCAGGAAUCGGCGGCGGCGGUGGAUAUCCAGGAUAUCAGCCAGGAUUUGGUGGCAGCGGAGGACAUCCUGGAUAUCAGCCAGGAAUCGGUGGCGGCGGUGGACACGUUCCCGACAGUUAUUAUCCAGGAAUCGGAAGUCACACACCAAGUCAACCACAGCCACAACCUCAACCUCAACCCGGAGCUGAUCCGAAUAGACCAUUAGGUCCGAUGGGUCCGGAGUUUAAUGAUCCCGACGUCACAAUGAUAGACCCAAACCAAUCGCGAGGAAAUACUGGUCGUCUAAAUCCGGGACGUAUCUACAGAAAUCGGGAUAUGGGUGCUAAAGCAUAAUUUAAAAC